GACCCAAUUCCGGUGGGCGGUGUGCCUUGGCAAUAUGGCGGAUGGAGUCCACUCCAACUUACUUUCCCUUUUGGCUCCUCCCCUCUGCGAACGUCGGACAAUUCCAGCUGGAUCCAUUCUGGAGAGAAACAUUCCCUUUUUCAACCGUCAUGGUGGGUUGCGACUACCGAGACAGAACUCCAUCCGUUCGGCUCUUUUCGAGUAGUGAACCAUAUUAUCAUGAUGAUGAAUACCAAAUCAGUGAACCAUCCGGAGGUUAAUCCUGUCCUGGAUGCUCGACUUGCACACUUGAUACACACUCCCUCAUAUGCAAAGCGCAAACCAUGGGCCCCGGCCAGUGGGCGGGCACCGGCUCCACGGCUCAUCGUCAUCUUUCGCUUCCAGACCCCCGGCCAAACCCACCUAAACGGCGCUCUUACGCCAGCUUUCUCUGACGAGCUUGGCCUCCCUGCAGGCUAGGGAAUUUUUCCUUAGCUGCGUGUUGACGACGGGCCUGUGAAUAUUCCAGACGGCGUGCUUUUGCCCUUGACGAUCCCUGGUGGAUCAGCUGCCCCAUCACUGCGCGUUUCUUGCUGAUGCUCCCUUCCCGGUUAAUAAUAGUCGUAUCAUGGUCGUCGUUGUCAAUGCCAUUUUGGCGUAGAAUACUCAUUGAUCGGCUUGCAUCAACUCCCGUUGCGACGUCCGCUCUCCCCCACGGAGACCCGUGUCACCUUACUCCUUCUGACAAGUCUAAUCACUUUAAAACUCUCUGGACUGACUCCCCUCGAACUACUUUCACUGCUUGUUCAUUAUUAUCCUUCUUCUCAUUUUUGCUUCUGUGGCUAUUUGUGUUGUUGAAACACUUGCGUGGAACGGAUCUGCUGGUCUCAUCUUCCGCUCGACCACAUUUUUCCCCGUGCGCCACAUCUACAUUAUAUUUCCUAGCGGAACUCAGAAAGCCGCGUGUGCUUUGCUUGGACUUUUGUUCUUUCAUCUGCUUCUAUCAUUUCCAUAUUUAUCUGAUAGAUCUUUUUGAGUUCAUCUUGCUCGUGUAGCCUGGAUCCUGACGUUGAAAAGAGGGUCGAGUGGGCAUUUUGAUAUUUCGCGUUCAUAGCUCCCGAUCACGACAUCGGCGCUUGGCUUCGGAUAUUCAUUUUAAAACCACACUACCUGCCGCCUCCACUUUUAUAUCGUUUGCCAUCAACCUUGCCAUGGGGCUUGCCUAAAUACACCCCUGGAAGAUAUAUUACCUUGGAGGAAUCUGGAAUUCUCAUUUUCAAUCACUCGAGCAUUGUCGUUGAGCAGCUCCGGUCGUCAACGCCAAAUUUCCACUGUCCAAGUGGCUCGGGGCACCGUCUUGCCCUAGAAUCAGUCCCGUCCUUCC